CCGGGCGGUACCGGCUUGAGCGGUACCGGUCCGGCACGCCCAGGGCGAGCGGGGAUGCUGCGGAGCGGCCGCCCGGCAUGUUGCCGUCCAGCAUGUUGCCGUCCAGCAAGAGGAUCCGAACCCCUUCAGACCUCCCGGCGCUGGCCCUUAGGCUGGCGGCCGCUCCUCAGCCCUCAGGGGCUGUCCCAGCACCCGCCCCAGGACGGCCCCACCUCAGCCUCAGCCGUGGGACUCAGCCCUCGCCUGCCCGCUGCCCCCAGGAGAAGCCAGGGCCUUCAGAAUCGCUGGCUCUGUGGGGUUUGCGGGUUUUUUCUCCACGUGCUUUAGUGUCAGCUGCUGAUGGGAAGUUUUCAAAGGAAAAACAAAAGAACUCUGCUGAAAACUGGAGGUUUUUUUCCUCACAGUUAACAAAACAGAGGGGACUUCUACCAAGCUCUUGCCUGGCUGCCUGCACGCCAAGCGUUUGUCGAGCUGUUUCUUCCCAUGCUGAGCUUGUGGUGCUUUUCUGCAGGGCUGUAUAGCAAGAGGAAUCGGCUCAGCCGGACGGACAGAGGGGUCUCUGCAGCCCUCUCCCAUCUCUUUCCCUGCCCUCUGAUCCCACCAGCCAGCACUUCCAGGCAAAAUGGAAAACUGGCCUUUUGAGAAGAACUGCUGGGAGCUGUGAGCAGCCAAGAGAGGAGGAUUGAUUACCUGCCAGCUCCUGCAGGUUCUCCCUGAAGGCUUCAGCUGAACCUCCCAGCCCCGCGUGCCGCAGCGAGGGGCCGGCAGCCAGGCAUGGAAGUCUUGCGCCGCUCCUCCGUCUUUGCUGCAGAGGUGAUGGAGGUUUUUGACAGGUCUCCUACUGACAAGGAGCUGGUGUCCCAAGCCAAGGCUCUCUGCAGGGACUACAUAAAUUCGAGGUUAAUUCGAGCAGGUGUCAGCUGGAGCAAACCUGAGCACAGUGCCCCAGUGCCUGGGGGGAAGCUGGCUGAGGUGUCCACCAUACUGCUGCGACUGGGGGAUGAGCUGGAAUACAUUCGCCCCCACGUCUACCGGAACAUCGCCCGCCAGCUGAACAUCUCCCUGCACUCAGAGACGCUGCUGACCGACGCCUUCCUGGCUGUGGCUGCUCAGAUCUUCACUGCAGGCAUCACGUGGGGCAAGGUGGUGUCUCUCUAUGCUGUGGCAGCAGGCCUGGCCGUGGACUGCGUGCGGCAGGCUCAGCCGGCCAUGGUUCACACCAUUGUGGACUGCUUGGGAGAGUUUGUCCGCAAGACCCUGGUGACGUGGCUGAAAAGGAGAGGAGGCUGGGCAGACAUCACAAAAUGUGUGGUGAAUACUGACCCCAGCCUGCGCUCCCACUGGCUUGUAGCUGCUGUCUGCAGCUUUGGUCACUUCCUCAAAGCUCUCUUCUUCGUCCUGCUGCCCGAGAGAUGAAUCCAGAGUCAUCACCUGCAGCCCCCCUACCCUGUCUCCUCCCUUGCUCCAGGAACAGUGGCAAUGGCAAUUUCUGAAGAGGAGGAAGAGAAGAACCUGGACAAACAAAAGGCUUGUUCUCCUCUCCCUUCAGCUGGGAGCAGCUAAGCUUCUACAGUCUCCUUUUCAAAGCUCCAGGAGCCUCUCCCACCUCUAAUCCUUUCAAAAGUCUUGUUUCCCUGGGUGACCUGUGUGUGUGGCCUGGACACAGCCAGUCCCAGGACAUGGACUGUCAGACACCUGCUCCUUGUAGCUGUGGUGCAUGCUUGUGCUAGGCAGAGGGGGGGGAGGAAGGCAACAUGAUUUGAAAUGGGAUAGAAAACAGGAGAGGGGGAGAGUCCCUCCUUCUCUCUGGAUGAUUCCCCUCCUGGUCCUCAGCCUCACCUUGUGUUGUUUCUUGUUCCCUUUGUGCUCCAUCUCCUCCUCAGUACCCAGCUCUGACUUGCUGGGCUCUGCCCACAGCACGGUGGAGGGGGUCAUGCAGCUGGGGGAUUCUUAAUGGGAUGAAAACAAAUAUAAUGGCAUCAGAUGCUUCUCCUUGAUGUGUCUUGGAAAUAAGACUGAGUGCAGGGCAGGACUAGAGGGAAGCUGCCUGUGAUAUGGUUUGUAGGUAUCUCUUGUUGACCCCUCUCACACACUCUUCCAGACAGGGAAGCAAGGGGCAAUGCCUGCCAGCAACAACUCGGGACUGAAUUUCAUUAUGAAGAAAAAUAUUUUCUCUGCUGAGAUUUCAUCAGAGCUAAGCAUGUCAGUAGGAAAGGCUGGGGGGCAUGGGCAGGAAUUAGCAAAACUGUAAGUGAUCUUUUGGAGGGAAAAAGAUGUGUCCAAAGUAGCUGAUCUGUGUUUCUCCUUUAAUGUCUUGCUAAAGUGCAACUUGCAGUCAUCUGUACGGCAAACAAUAAAAGAAAAUAGGUGGUGUUU